UCUGAAUAAUCAAAUUACGAAGGUUUUUGAGAACGAACACAAAAAAAUAGGAUAUGAUCACGACCCAUGAUUUACAAAAUGACAGCUGAGCCUUAACAUUCGCUCAUUCACUGCGGUCCUACUAUUUACAACGCAGGGAAAACGCCAUGCGAUCGACAAACCGCUAUUGAACAAAUGAAAACUGCACUAUUGAAAGACAAGGACAUACAGUAAACCAUGGCUGACGCAGCGGCAAGAUCCCUGCAAUAUGAAUACAAAGCUAACUCCAAUCUUGUAUUGCAAGCAGAUCGAUCACUGAUCGACAGGAGGGCCAGAGAUGAACCGACAGGAGAAGUACUUCCUUUGUCAGGCAGACUUACUGGUACACGCAUGGGUGAUAAGGCACAGCGUAACAAACCACCACAGAUGGAGGAGAGAAAAAACAAGCGCCGCAAGCGUGAUGAGGCGCAGCACGAUAUGAUGAAAAUGAAGGGAACAACCUUAUUAUCUGAUGGAGUCGACGAGUUGGUGGGAAUUCUUUAUCGCCCUAAAACACAGGAGACAAGACAGACAUAUGAAAUCAUUCUCAGUUUUGUUCAAGCAGCAAUUGGUGAUCAGCCUCGUGAUGUGCUCUGUGGUGCUGUUGAUGAGGUUUUAAGUGUCCUAAAAAAUGACAAGAUGCGAGACAAAGAACGAAAAAGAGAAGUGGAGUCACUACUGAGUUCAAUGCCUGAGGAACGCUAUGCUGUGCUGGUCAAUUUGGGCAAGAAAAUUUCUGACUGGGGUCAGGAAGAGAAGAUGCAGACUGAUGAGAACAUAGAUGAAACAUAUGGUGUGAAUGUACAAUUUGAAGAAUCUGAAGAUGAGGAUGAUGCAGAUGUAUAUGGGGAAAUCAAGGAUGAAGAUGAUGACGAUGAAAGUGAAGGGGAAGAAGCUGAGCUGGAUGUAACUCUACAUGCCAAUCUGGCCGGUGGUGAUGAUUCCGUAGGUAAAUCAGACUCUGGUCUCCAUCCUCGAGAUAUUGAUGCAUUCUGGUUACAGAGGAAGUUAAGUAAAUACUAUCCUGACGACCCUACUACCGCCCAGACCCGUGCCCAGGAGGUCUUGGAAAUUCUCAAGAGUGCCAGUGAUGAUAGAGACACGGAGAACCAACUUGUCCGUCUGCUCGGCUUCACACAGUUUGACUUCAUCAAAGUGCUGCGACAGUUCAGGCAGAUGAUCUUGUUCUGUACAAUGCUGGCCCAGGCUCAGACAGCUGAAGAGAAAACAAAGAUUGAGGAAAAGAUGGAGAGUGAUGCUGGACUCUCCAAGUAUCUCCAUGCGUUAGAGGCUGCCGACAAGGAGGACAUUGUGUCAGAGGAGCGAGCCCGUCGUCAGCAGGCCCGACAGUCACGGGUCGCCGCUAACCUGGAAGCAAUGGAUACAGACCAUCAACAGCAGUCCCUUGGGAAUGUCCAGAAUCUUGACCUUGAGGACCUCAUCUUCGGAUUAGGUAGUCAUUUGAUGGCCAACAAACGUUGCCAGCUGCCCGACGGCUCCUUUAGGAAACAGAGGAAAGGAUAUGAAGAAGUACAUGUGCCUGCUCUCAAGCCAAAGGCAUUUGAUGCUGAUGAGUCCUUGGUGCCGAUUGAGCGACUUCCCAAAUACGCCCAGCCAGCAUUUGAAGGUUUUACUUACCUAAACAGGAUACAGAGUCGUCUGUGUAAGGCUGCUCUGGAGUCCGACCAGAACCUUCUACUGUGUGCUCCCACGGGUGCUGGUAAAACCAAUGUAGCAUUGAUGUGUAUGCUGAAGGAGAUCAGUAAACACAUCAACGCUGAUAACACCAUCAACACUGACGAGUUUAAGAUCAUCUACAUCGCUCCCAUGAAGUCACUUGUACAGGAAAUGGUCUUCAGCUUUGGAGAGCGCCUGAAGUCAUAUGGCAUCAAGGUGGAGGAACUGACUGGUGACCAUCAACUGACCAAAGAGCAGAUUUAUGCCACACAGAUCAUUGUGUGUACUCCGGAGAAAUGGGAUAUCAUCACUAGAAAAGGGGGAGAACGCACCUACACUCAACUUGUCAGACUUAUGAUAUUUGACGAGAUCCACUUGCUUCACGAUGACAGAGGACCAGUAUUGGAAGCCCUGGUAGCCAGGACUAUAAGGAACAUAGAAACCACCCAGGAGGAUGUAAGACUGGUGGGCCUCAGUGCCACUCUGCCUAACUAUGAAGAUGUUGCCACGUUCCUGCGUGUCGACCCAGCUGAGGGACUCUUCUUCUUCGACAACAGCAUUAGGCCUGUUCCUCUAGAACAGCAGUUCAUUGGUAUCACAGAAAAGAAAGCUGUCAAGCGAUUUCAGAUCAUGAAUGAAAUUGUAUACGACAAAGUGAUGGAAAAUGCCGGCAAAAACCAGGUGCUGGUGUUCGUCCACUCGAGGAAGGAGACAGGAAAGACUGCUCGUGCUAUCAGAGAUAUGUGUCUAGAGAAGGAUACCCUAGGCAUGUUCCUCAAGGAAGGCUCAGCAUCCACAGCUGUACUCAGGACUGAAGCUGACCAGGUCAAGAAUUUGGAGCUUAAGGAUCUGCUACCAUAUGGAUUCGCUAUACAUCACGCUGGUAUGACCAAAGUUGACCGUAUCUUGGUAGAAGACUUGUUUAAGGACCGUCACAUCCAGGUGUUGGUGUCCACCUCGACACUGGCCUGGGGAGUUAACCUCCCCGCCCACACUGUCAUCAUCAAGGGCACACAGGUGUACAACGCAGAAAAGGGGCGCUGGGUAGAGCUCAGUGCCCUCGAUGUCAUGCAGAUGAUGGGCCGAGCUGGUCGACCCCAGUUUGACACCAAGGGAGAGGGAGUGAUGAUUACCAAUCACAGUGAGCUACAGUAUUACCUGUCCCUAAUGAACCAACAGUUGCCCAUCGAGAGCCAGUUUAUCUCCAGGCUAGCUGACUGCUUGAAUGCUGAGGUUGUGCUUGGGACAGUUCAGAAUGUCAAAGAUGCUGUUGACUGGCUAGGCUAUACCUACCUGUACAUCCGUAUGUUACGGGCAUCUUCGCUGUAUGGUAUUAGCCAUGACCAGCUUAGAGAUGACCCCUUACUACAACAAAGACGCAAGGACCUCAUCCACACGGCCGCUACCCUGCUGGACAAAAACAACCUGGUCAAGUACGACAAAAAGUCGGGACAAUUCCAGGUGACAGAGCUUGGUCGUAUCGCAAGUCACUACUACUGUACACAUGAGACAAUCUCUGUAUACAAUCAGCUGUUGAAGCCAACACUAAGCGAGAUAGAGCUGUUCCGUGUGUUCUCAUUGUCCUCCGAGUUCAAGUACAUCAAUGUCAGAGAGGAGGAAAAAUUGGAGCUUCUGAAACUACUGGAACGAGUCCCUAUCCCUAUCAAGGAAAGCAUAGAAGAACCCAGUGCAAAGGUGAAUGUGCUGCUACAAGCCUACAUUUCCCAGUUAAAAUUGGAGGGAUUUGCUCUCAUGUCGGACAUGGUAUUCAUCACCCAGUCUGCUGGUCGACUGGUGCGUGCCAUGUUUGAGAUUGUCCUUCACCGAGGCUGGGCCCAGCUGGCGGACAAGUGUUUAGCUCUCUGUAAGAUGGUCACCAAACGAAUGUGGCAGUCCAUGUGCCCUCUGCGACAAUUUGCUGACAGGAAGAUGCCUAUUGAGGUAAUCAAGAAGAUUGAGAAGAAGAACUUCCCGUUUGAGCGUUUGUAUGAUCUGAACCCCCAUGAGAUUGCUGAACUUAUCCGUGUUCCCAAGAGUGGCAAGACCAUUCACAAGUAUGUGCAUCAGUUCCCGAAGUUGGAGUUAUCUGUCCAUGUCCAGCCAAUUACACGGUCAACACUUCGUGUGGAGCUGACAAUCACACCAGACUUCCAGUGGGAGGAAAAGAUCCAUGGAAAUUCUGAGGCAUUCUGGAUAUUGGUGGAGGAUGUUGACAGCGAGGUCAUUCUACAUCACGAGUACUUUCUUCUGAAAAGUAAAUUUGCACAGGAUGAACACGCUGUGAAGUUCUUUGUACCAGUGUUUGAGCCUCUACCUCCACAGUAUUUCAUCAGGGUGAUAUCUGACCGCUGGUUAGGGUCAGAGACACAGCUCCCGGUGUCAUUCCGUCACCUCAUCCUACCAGAAAAGUACCCUCCUCCCACAGAACUUCUUGAUCUCCAGCCCCUCCCAGUGUCUGCCCUCAGAAAUGCCUCCUUUGAGGGGCUCUACAAUGACAAGUUCCCCUUCUUCAACCCCAUUCAGACUCAAGUGUUUAAUGCUGUAUACAACAGUGAUGACAAUGUGUUCAUCGGGGCGCCCACUGGUAGUGGCAAAACCAUCUGUGGAGAGUUUGCUAUGCUACGUAUGUUCUCCCAGAACCCAGACGGUCGAUGUGUGUACGUUACACCUCUAGAGGCACUGGCUCAACAGAUGUACAAUGAUUGGCAGACCAAGUUUGGAGGACACCUUGGAAAGAAAGUCGUUCUGCUGACAGGAGAAACUGGAACUGAUCUUAAACUCCUGGCCAAGGGUAACAUCAUCAUCAGUACCCCAGAGAAGUGGGAUGUGUUGUCAAGACGAUGGAAGCAGAGGAAGAAUGUUCAGAACGUUAACUUAUUCAUCGUUGACGAGCUUCACCUAAUUGGAGUAGAUGUUGGGCCUGUUUUGGAAGUGAUAUGUUCACGUAUGCGGUACAUGUCCUCCCAGUUGGAGCGUAUCAACAUCAGAAUUGUGGCUUUGAGCUCAUCGCUGUCCAAUGCUAAAGACGUGUCCCAAUGGCUAGGAUGCAGUGCCACUGGAUUCUUCAACUUCCACCCCAAUGUUCGCCCUGUGCCCCUGGAGCUCCACAUACAGGGUUUCAACACCAGUCACAAUGCCUCCCGUAUUGUUGCCAUGGCAAAACCAGCCUACCAGGCCAUUAUUCGGCAUGCACCAAAGAAACCUGUGAUCAUAUUUGUACCAUCACGGAAACAGACGAGGCUGACAGCCAUUGAUAUCCUGACGUUCAGUGCUGCAGAAAUCCAACCAGACAGUGAUGUCCCCAGGAGCAGGUUCCUACACGUCAAGGAGGAGGACAUACAGCCAUUCCUGGAGAAAAUCACAGACAAGACCCUGAAGGAGACCCUGAGUAAUGGAGUAGGCUACCUACAUGAAGGACUUGGAGACAUAGAGAAGAAGGCAGUGGAACACCUGUUUUCUAGUGGAGCAGUACAGGUUCUUGUCGCCUCACGCAGUCUCUCCUGGGGCAUGAAUGUUGCAAGUCACCUGGUUGUUGUCAUGGAUACACAGUACUACGAUGGAAAGAGUCAUUCGUAUGAGGACUACCCUGUGACGGAUGUACUACAGAUGAUUGGUCGAGCUAACAGACCCGCCCAGGACCAGGAAGGAAAAUCGGUCAUUCUUUGCCAGAAUUCAAAGAAAGAAUUCUUUAAGAAGUUCUUGUAUGAGCCAUUGCCAGUUGAGAGCCAUCUAGACCACUGUCUACACGAUCACUUUAGUGCUGAGAUAGUCACCAAGACUGUGGAGAACAAACAGGAUGCUGUGGACUACCUCACCUGGACGUUUGUGUACCGCCGCAUGACACAGAACCCCAACUACUAUAACCUUCAGGGAGUUACUCAUCGCCAUUUAUCUGAUCACAUGUCAGAACUGGUGGAAAAUACAGUCAACGACCUUGAGCAGUCAAAGUGUAUCAGUGUAGAAGAUGAGAUGGAUGUAACACCACUCAACCUGGGAAUGAUCGCCGCCUACUACUACAUCAACUAUACAACCAUAGAAACAUUCAGUAUAUCCCUGAAUGCCAAGACGAAGAUCAAAGGCCUGUUGGAGAUCAUAUCUAAUGCUGCGGAGUACGAGGAUAUAGCUAUCCGCCAUCACGAGGACCAAAUACUCAAACAGCUGUCCACCCGACUGCCAAACAAGCUGGCCGUACAGAAAUACAACGACCCCCAUGUGAAGACCAACCUCCUGCUCCAGGCUCAUCUGUCUCGCAUGCAACUGUCUGCCGAGCUUCUGUCUGACACCGAGGACAUCCUCAGCAAGGCCAUCCGACUGAUCCAGGCCUGUGUGGACGUGCUGUCCAGUAAUGGCUGGUUGACCCCUGCCCUGGCCGCCAUGGAGUUGGCCCAGAUGGUCACUCAGGCCAUGUGGAGUAAAGACUCGUAUCUGAAACAACUGCCACACUUCUCUCAGGAUAUCAUCAAACGCUGUACAGAUAAGAACAUAGAGAGUGUGUUUGAUGUCAUGGAGAUGGAAGAUGAGGAGAGAAAUACAUUACUGCAGUUAACAGAGGAUCAGAUGGCAGAUGUGGCCCGCUUCUGUAACCGUUACCCUAACAUAGAGCUCACCUACGAAGUCGUGGAGAAAGACAGCAUUCACAGUGGUUCUGCAGUCAAUGUGGUAGCUACCCUGGAGAGAGAGGAUGAACUGACGGGACCGGUGAUAGCUCCCUUCUUUCCACUGAAACGAGAGGAAGGUUGGUGGGUAGUUAUCGGAGACAGCAAGAAUAAUUCCUUGUUAUCCAUCAAGAGGCUCACUCUUCAGCAGAAAGCGAAAGUGAAACUAGACUUUGUGGCACCCGCUCCGGGCAAAUACAACUACACCAUCUUCUUCAUGAGCGAUGCCUACAUGGGGUGUGAUCAGGAAUAUAAGUUCUCUAUUGACGUUCUGGAGGGUGAGAGUGGCAGUGAAGAGAGCGACAGUGACACUGAUUAAACGCAUCAGUGACACCGUUUAAACGCAACAGUGACACAGAUUAGACACAACUGUGACCCUGAUCUAACGCAACAGUGGCACUGAUUAAACACAACAGUGAGACUGAUUACACACAAAAGUGACACCUAGUAAAUGCAAUAUUGACUGCAAUGUGGACCAGAAGUGAAAAGUGUUGGUUGAGGAAUUGACACAGAAUAGAUUUAUACAAAACAUGCAGCUGGGAUUUCUAUGUCAUUGUAAAUAUUGCCUACUAUGCGAUAUGUGUGUUGCUGCAUCAAUUUCAAUGAUUUUGAAAAUAAGGCACAGUUAGUGAUCUGACCCUGAUUCUCCAGAGUGAAUUUACUCUGAGGUUUUAGGAGUUUCAACAUCAAUUUAUAAUAAAUUGGAGGCUCUGGCUGAUGUAUAUAAACAAUGUAUAUUUGGAAAUCAUGUUUUGCUCUGAAGUACGUCAGAGAGCAAAUAAAUGUAAAGAGUGACAGAAAGUACAGUGAACUGAUAAAGAAUAUGAAAAGGCAAUAAAUAAGAGGGAGAAAGUUUAGUAGCAAGUAUGUGUGAAAUGCUGUAGCUGGGACAAGUGAUAAAUGUUGAUUUAAGAACAGCUGUUUCUUCAGUCAUACAGUUGAAUUACAAGGUGACUUAAAUUAUUGUUAGGCAUCAUUUAGUACUUCAUCCUCCUGUCAUGGUAGAUCUGUUUAAUUAUGCUGUUUAUAGUCAUGAAAAUUAGGGACACAUAAAUCAUCUCAUUUUACUACAUCAUCCAACUGUCAUCAAAUGGCUCAUUUAUUUUCUAUAUGUACAUGCCUAGGGCUAAUGACCAAAAUCACAUAGAUGAUUGUUGUAGCAAGCAAGUUGGUUACGAAAUAUAACAGUUAUGUGUAAAAUGAUACAAUGUUUUUUGUUAUGUUGUAAUGGUACCUAUCGUGGUAUUCUAUAGCUGUUAAUAGCAGAGUGAAUGUCUCACCAUCAUGUACAGGCUUAAACACCAAUAAAACAAUUGAUGUCGGGUCCUGA